AUGGCAGCUUUGUCAAAAUCGCCAGAAACUGGGAACAACCAGAUAUCCUUCAGCCAGUCACUGGAUGAACAUUCCCGUGAGAGCAAGCAGCCAGGGACUAGUGCAGCCAUGCGGCGGAGCGAGUCAGAUCGGCGCACACAGUGGCUGGUCAACCCACAGGACUUCUUCCUGGACGUCACUCUGCACCGCCUUCCCUCUCUGCUUAGAAGAUUUUUCCUGGGGAGAUCCUUAUCCUUUAAGACCUUCCUCAUCUGGGUUUUAAUCAGUAUUUACCAAGGGGGUGUCCUCAUGUUCGGGGCUCUGUUGCUCUUCGAGUCUGAGUUUGUGCACGUGGUGGCCAUCUCCUUCACGGCUCUGAUCCUGACCGAGCUGCUGAUGGUGGCACUCACCGUCAGGACCUGGCACUGGCUGAUGGUCGUGGCCGAGUUCCUCAGUCUGGGCUGCUAUGUGGCCUCGCUUGCUUUUCUUAGUGAAUAUUUUGGUUCAGGCAGAGUAUCUUUCGGAGCUUUCUUAGAUGUUGCCUUCGUCACAACCGCCACCUUCUUGUGGAAAGUGUCAGCCAUUACUCUCGUCAGCUGUCUUCCGCUGUACGUCCUGAAGUACUUGAAACGCAAGCUGUCUCCUCCCAGCUACUCCAAGCUCACCUCCUGAGGGACUAGUACCUUCCAGAUCUGUCCAGGGAACGCAGGAUGUGCAGUUUGCUGUGGAGAGGGGCAUGUGAGAAAGGGAGGGCGCGAGCCUGAGAGGAGUGGAAGUGCCCAGCUCCAGACCCCGGAGAGACGGGAGGGUCUCACCUGCACUUCGCUUUCUUCCUUUUUAUUGGUUCAGACUUUAACGCCCAUAUUGAAACAGCUUGAGUUUGUGUUGACAAUGAGCCCUAAUUAUUUCACUGUUACUGUAAAUGAUUUUCUUCCUCUGGCAUUCUGAGAAUUGAAAUGAAAGUUAAUUUCUGCAAUUUCCUACCAUUCAAAGUGUUUCUUUGAUGUCUUUCCUGCUUACGUGUAAUAAAAUCUAGACACCA